AUUAGAAGUCCACGGAAGAACGCCAACUUUGACAACACAACGUUUCAUGACAGCUCAAUAGGACUGGUGGUAGUUGACUUUUAACUUGAAAUUCAACCCUUGGUUUUUUAAACUCUGCAAUUUAUAGCGAUGGGCGAUUACAAGCUAUCGGCGAGCUUGGCGGGGCACGAUGAUGAUGUUCGCGCCGUCAUAUUUCCGUACCCGAAUGAGCUGGUAUCCGCGUCCAGAGAUGGUACGGUCAGGGUAUGGAAGAUGAUUGCCGAGCCUUUGGCAACUUUCGAAGAUACCAUAAUACAACAUGGUUCAUCCUUUAUAAAUGCCAUUGCAUACUUACCACCCUCCGAAGAACAUAUACAAGGCCUGGUUGUCUCCGGGGGGAAAGAGACCAUCAUCGAAGUCAGGCAACCGAAACGCCCCGCCGAGGAGUCAGCAGAGGCACUACUACUUGGACACGCCAACAACGUCUGCGCUCUAGAUGUCGGACCAGACGGAAAGUACAUAAUAAGCGGUGGAUGGGAUGCCCAGGCUCGUCUAUGGUCGGUCGGGAAAUGGGAGACUGAAGUUCAAUUCGAAGGCCAUCAAGGGUCGGUUUUGGCGGUCCUGGCCUAUGACUCGGAAACCAUUAUUACGGCAUGCGCGGACAAUCUUAUUCGGAUAUUCCACAUUUCUGGCAAACUGCUUAAGACAGUUAAGGGCAGCACUGACGUCGUUCGUGCUCUCUGCAAGGUCCCCAAAGGCCACCCUUCGGGGGCUGACUUCGCAUCCGCCGGAAAUGACACAAUAAUCCGACUAUGGACGUUGGCAGGGAACCAAGUCGGCGAGCUUCUUGGACACGAAAAUUUUAUCUACUCAUUGGCAUCGAUACCAACAGGCGAGCUUGUAAGCUCUGGCGAAGACAGGACGGUCAGGAUAUGGAAGGGCGCAGAAUGUGUCCAAACUAUUACACACCCCGCAAUAUCCGUCUGGAGUGUCGCAGCAAAUCAGGAUACUGGAGACAUCAUCACGGGAGCCAGCGAUCGUAUUGUGCGCGUAUUCUCCCGAGAAGAGGUACGACAGGCAAAUGAAGAGGCAAUUCAAGCCUUUGAGGAAUCCGUCCGGUCUUCGGCGAUACCACAAGAAGCGGCUGGCGAUAUUAACAAGGAGUCUUUACCUGGACCAGAAUUUUUGCAAAACAAAUCUGGGACGAAAGAAGGACAGGUACAGAUGAUUAAGGAAAAUAACGGUUCUAUCACGGCACAUCAAUGGUCAGCAAGUCAGGGACAAUGGAUAAACGUUGGCACUGUGGUCGAUUCCGUUGGCAGCAGUGGAAAGAAGACCUCAUACCUGGGAAAAGACUACGAUUGUGUCUUUGACGUCGAUGUCGAGGAAGGAAAGCCGCCUUUGAAACUUCCAUACAACUACUCUCAAAACCCAUACGAGGCUGCGCGGAAGUUUGUGGAAGAUAAUAAACUACCCAUAGCGUACCUCGAUCAAGUCUCUGACUUCAUCACGACGAAUACGAAAGGUGCGACACUCGGCGCAACUGAGACCCAGGGGCCUGCCCCGGCUGGUUCGGAUCCAUGGGGAAGCGAGAACAGGUAUCGCCCAGGUGGUGGAUCGAGCCCUUCAGCACCACCAGCUGCGCCAAAGAUCCUGCCUCAGAAGGAAUAUCUCAAUAUCCUAGUCGCCCGAGUCGACAUCAUGGAGAAUAAGAUCAAAGAGAUCAAUCGCGAACUCAUCGAUUCAGGCUCCAAGGCCGUUUCUCUGAAUCCCGAAGAGCUUGAGGUUCUCUCCGCCCUGCGUUCCCACCUUGAAGCUGCUGGCUCCACGUCAACAUCCCAAGACGUAACCGGCGGCCUUGAGCUCGCCAUCAAAUUGGCCAAGGACUGGCCAUAUUCCAAGCGCCUGCCUGGCCUCGACCUUCUCCGCCUGCUAGCUGUUGCGCCCAACACUGCAACUUAUCAAAGCCCGCGCGGUGCCGACAUAAUCGAGAUUCUCGAAUCAAGCGUCAGCGCCGAGCAGCCCCCCGCCGAGAACAACGUUAUGCUUGCCGUCCGCGCGUUUGGCAACCUGUUCGCCACCCCGGAGGGCCGGAGACUGGCAUCCCACGAGUUCGACCGGAUCUUCUCCAUCUCGUCGAAGUCACUCGAGGGGAAGACGACCAAUCGAAACCUACUCGUCGCCGUGACCACGCUAGCGAUCAACUACUCAGUUCUUGUGACUUCUUCGGAGGAUGCGGCGGAGGUAAGCUCUGCCACAAGGUUUGAGCAGUCUGUUGCUUGGCUGGAGUGCUUGGCCGGGAUCCUUAGUGAGCAGAAGGACUCAGAGGUGCUUUAUCGGGCGAUGAUUGCAACGGGGACGCUGUUGGGGCUCGGUGAUGAGGUGAGGACCGCAGCGAAGGAGGUGUAUGGGAUUGAUAAGGCGGUAACCAAGGCAAUUGGGAAGGCGGUAGACCCGAGGAUUAAGAAUGUGGGGAAGGAAAUUAAGGAGCUGUUGAAGUGAGGAUUUGAAAGGAGAGCGAGCUCCGCCGAGGGGGUGGUUGUGGUUGCUGGUGAAAUGCAUCUGAAUAAGCAGCCAUUUAGACUUACAAACAGUGGCUUUGAUGAAUAUUAAACGAAAGCGCAGGCUUUAUUCAAAACUUAGGUACUGAAUUUACCACGAUUAUUUC